AUGGCGCCCCAGGGCGUGUACAUGGCGUAUUUUCGACACUUGAUCAACGCAUGCGGUGGCGCCGCCAAGCUCACGGGGCUCACGACCGCCGACGUCUGUCACCAAUUCCUUAUGCCGCUCACAAAAGCCACCGAGCUCUCGGUCGUGGAUCACUUGUGGCGGGACCCAAACACCCGUCACUUUGUAGCCGAGGCCAAUUGGUACGUCUCGCACGCGUGGCAAUACCUCUUCUUGGAGACCGUCGACAGCCUUGACGCGUUUUUUGCGCUGCAAGGCAUUGCGGACGAAGACGCGGUUCUUUGGUUUUGCGUCUUCAACAUCAACCAACACGGCGCCUCGAUGCAGCCAACUGCCACUUGGCUCACGACGUUUGAAGAUGCGCUCCGCGACAUUGGCCGUCUCAUCAUGGUCAUGCACCCGUGGCACAGCCCCAUGGUGCUGCGCCGAAGCUGGUGCGUCUUUGAACUCUACGUCGCGACGCGCGUCCAUGCGCGCUUUGAGAUGGCCAUGGCGCCACAACAGCGCCGGCAGAUGCUUGAUGACAUGCUUGACGGUCGUGGGAUCCGCGAUAUGCUUGGCCACAUCCGCAGCGAAGCGUCGGCCACGUCGAUCCCGGCCGACCGCGACGCCAUCUUUGCCUUGGUGCGCGCCAAAACGUCAUUUGCCACGCUCGACCGCCUCGUAUUUGCAACAAUCUCGCACUGGAUCAAGGAAACGCUGCGGGUGCACAUUGAGAUGCUUCCGUCGCGCCAACGCCGAGCGCAGUCGUGGGUACGACUCGGGAACCUCCACGAAGCCGAGACCAAGUGGGCGGACGCGGCGGACGCAUUUGCAACAGCCGUCGAUCUCUACACGGAGGUCCUCGGGCCAGAGGACGAUGCGACCUUGGCUGCGUCGUCGCAGUACGUGUCGAUGCUGGCCAAACUUGGUCGACCGGUAUGCGAGUGGGAACCCCGCUUUCAAGCCAUUCUAGCCGCCCAAGAAGCCAAACCAGAGAACACGCAAGCGGUCGCUGCGACGCUGUAUCGCUUUGCGGUUGCGUAUGAAGAUUUGCGCAUGGCGGGCCGCGCGAUCGAGCUCUACUCCGCUUGCCACGAGGCACGCGUGCGACUCGCGGGGCAUCUGCACCCGUCCACACUAGAGACCGUGGUCCGGCUUGCGCGCACGAACACAUGGGCUGGCGACUUGACCCAAGCCGACGUGUGGGUGCGCGAAGGCAUGACCAUUGCCCGCCGUCAUGGGAUGACGUUGCAUCCGACCGCCGUCCCGCUCUACUCGAUCCACGCCGCGGGUGCAUACAGCCGGGGGCGGCCGGCGCAAGCGCUUCGGUACAUUUCGAUCGCGCACGCCUACUACAGCCGCGUGUUUGGAGCCGACCACGAGGAGACGUUGGAUGCGACGAUCAAUGUCGCGACGAGCGACCGCCUCUUGCGGCGGACGCGUGCGUCGCUCGCCCGUCUGCGCCAGCUCCGCGACACGUUUCCGCGCCGAAAAGACUACCCCGUCGCGUGGGCGUACACCAUGUUUAGCUUUGGCGCCACCUACUAUGGCGCACGCGACAUGCCCGCCGCGUUCAAGUACUUUGAGCUCUGGUUUGAUCUGCGCCAUGUCGGCCCCAUUAGCCGCGCUGCCCCCAGCAUGCUCUACCACGCUUUGCAGUAUGGGGAUCCGACGCAAAAUGAGACAAAGAGAUGGCGCAAACUGCGCCGGUACAAUGCGAGCACCGACGAUCGCCCCGAGACGUGGCCCGUGCGCUUGUGCAAUGGCUGCCACCAACCGCUUCGUGGCGCAUGCUACGGAUGUGAGCAGUGCCCCAAAGCUGCCUAUCAUUUCUUCCGCCAUUGCGUCGACAGCGGGGAUGCCCGUGCGUUUUGUCGGCACCGCCCGAGCGUACUGCGAUGCGUGCCGCCGCUGAGUCGGUACUUUCUCGAAGAGCGCUUGCGGCGCUUUAUGGGGUCGCACGCCGCGUUCGCGGCCACACUGGCAGCAUACGACGACUACUGCACCACGCACAAGGUGCCAAACGAUGAGAAACUACCCCGCGUUCUCAUGGGCGCGGCGGUGCAUCUGCGUACGUGGCAUCCGAUGCUGUAAUACACAUUGAGACGAGUACGAAC